AAUUCGUAUAUAUCACAGCAGAGGAUUCGUCCCUCUUGUUCUCUAUCGUCCCCUAGGGUUUCCCAUUCACCCUUUCGCCAACCUCACGGCUACCAGAUCCCAAAUCGAAGGAUUCACCUCGGCCAGGAUGCACCCGGCCGCCGCCGAGAGAAACCACCAGCACCAACACCGCAACGACCGAAGGCCCCGCCCCCACCACCGACCUCCCUUUCCCUCCGGUGGUCGCCAGGAAUGGAUCCCCCGCGGAUCCGCCCCCGCCCCUAUCCUCCCUACGCCGCCGCCGCCUACGGUUUGCGAACCUGCGCGCCGACACAAGCACCGCCAUCCCCGGCCAUCCCCGCCGGGUCCCACCGUGAUGGUGACGUCGGAAACCGGAACGGACCUCACCGUGCCGCAGUUGGUCCAAGAGAUUCAAGAUAACCUGGUGAAGGGGACGGUGGAGUGCAUGAUUUGCUACGAGAUGGUGCGGCGAUCGGCUGCGAUCUGGUCGUGCUCCAGCUGCUACUCCAUCUUCCACCUUCACUGCAUUCGCAAGUGGGCCCAUUCGCCUUCGUCCUCCGAUGCCUCGUCCGCCGGCAGUGGUGGCAGCGGGGGAUGGCGGUGCCCUGGGUGCCAAUCGGUGCAAUCCAUCCCCGCCAAGGAGCUAUCUUAUACUUGCUUCUGUGGUAGCCGACGGGAUCCGCCGAAUGAUCUUUAUCUCAUCCCCCAUUCCUGCGGUGAACCCUGCAAAAAGUCUCUUGAUCGGACUGCUCUGUCUCACAAUACCUCCGAGGAUGGUGAUGACUGUUACCGUUGUCUCCAUGUGUGCGUCCUACAGUGCCAUCCUGGGCCAUGCCCACCGUGCAAGACCUUUGCUCCAAGCCGGCCUUGCCCAUGUGGUAAAACGACGAUUGUCCGACGGUGCUCCGAUCAAAAGAGUCCCUUCUCCUGUGGGCAGCAGUGCAAUCAUCUCCUUUCAUGCAGCCGCCACCAGUGUGAAUUGAUUUGCCACACAGGUCCGUGUAGCCACUGCCUAGUCCUUGUUACUACUGUUUGCUUUUGUAAGAAGAAGACCGAGGUUGUACUUUGUGGUGAUAUGGUGAUAAAGGGAAACGUUGAAGGCAUUCAAGAUGGGGUCUUCUCGUGCAAUUCCGUCUGUGGUCGUAUUCUUUCCUGCGGGAAUCAUUUCUGCCGAGAGAAUUGUCAUCCUGGGUCUUGUGGAGAGUGCAUGUUGCAACCAGAUGCGAUAAAAAGCUGCCAAUGUGGGAAGACCAAAUUGAAAUAUGAAGGGAAAAAUUGUCUGGAUCCUAUUCCCACUUGUUCUGAAAUUUGUGAAAGAGUUCUUCAUUGCGGGCUUCAUAGGUGCAAGGAGACCUGCCACGAGGGAGAUUGCCCUCCUUGUUUGGUAUUGGUUGACCAGAAAUGCCGAUGUCUUUCUUCAAGUAGAAAAGUGGAAUGCUACAAGAUCUCUGAAGGUAGUGAAAAAUUUCUCUGCAACAAGUCCUGUGGUGUGAAAAAGACUUGUGGCAGGCAUAGGUGCACUGAACGCUGCUGUCCUCUUUCUAAAAACGGUGGGGAGCUUUCUGGUGGUGAUUGGGAUCCUCAUUUGUGCUCCAUACUUUGUGGAAAAAAACUCAGAUGUGGUCAACACUCUUGCCAAUCGCUAUGCCACAGUGGUUACUGCCCACCUUGUCUUGAAACUAUAUUCACUGAUUUAACAUGUGCCUGCGGGAAGACAUCAAUUCCACCGCCACUUCCUUGUGGUACUUCAAUACCAUCCUGCCCCCACCCUUGCUUGGUGCCCCAACCAUGUGGCCACCCAGCCUCCCACACUUGCCAUUUUGGAGAUUGUCCACCUUGCACGGUGCCAAUUGUGAAGGAAUGUAUUGGAGGCCAUUUGCUGUUGAGGAACAUACCUUGUGGAUCUAAGGAUAUUAGAUGCAAUCAACUUUGUGGUAAGACUCGCCAAUGUGGGAUACAUACGUGUGUUAGGAUUUGCCAUCCUCCUCCAUGUGAUACUUCCUGUGCUUCUGCAUCUGAUUUGAGUGUGAAGCCUUCAUGUGGACAGGUCUGUGGUGCACCAAGGAGGGAUUGCAAGCACACUUGUGGUGCACCAUGCCAUCCAUUGGAGUCCUGCCCAGAUCUUAGGUGUCAAGUCCUUGUUACGCUAGCUUGUUCUUGUGAUAGAAUUACUGCAACUGUUCCUUGUGGUGCUGGAGGAAGCACCAAUGGAUUCCAUGCUGAUACUAUACUAGAAGCAUCCAUUCUUCUGAGGCUUCCCACUCCAUUGCUUCCCAUGGAGGCCAAUGCAAAGAAGGUCCCUCUUUGGCAGAGGAAGCUAUCUUGCGACGAAGAGUGUGCUAAGAUGGAAAGGAAGCGUGUCCUUGCAGAUGCAUUCGACAUAACUCCUCCCAAUUUGGAUGCUUUGCAUUUUGGUGAAAAUUUAGCAUCAUCUGAUCUCCUUGCUGAGUUCUUUAGAAAGGAACCUAAAUGGGUUUUGUCUGUGGAGGACAGGUUUAAGUUUUUGGUGCUUGGAAAGACAAAAGGAGGUGGAGUCAAAGUACAUGUCUUUUGUCCUAUGUUGAAAGAAAAGAGAGAUGUAGUUUGGCACAUAGCAGAAAGAUGGAAACUUACAGUCCAAGCUGCAGGUUGGGAGCCAAAACGAUUCUUAGUUGUUCAUGUUACCCCCAAGUCAAGACCUCCAGCUGGGAUAUUGGGCUCCAAGCCGGGAGUACCAGUAGCUGCUUCACUGCCUCCACACUUUGACCCUGUUGUCGACAUGGAUCCUCGACAUGUAGUUUCAAUGCUCGAUUUGCCUCGUGAUGCAGAUAUCAGUGCCUUGGCGCUAAGAUUCGGAGGGGAAUGUGAAUUGGUAUGGUUAAAUGGCAAAAAUGCUUUAGUAGUUUUUAGCGACCCAGCGAGGGCUGCCACAGCUCUGUUGAGGUUAGAUUACGGAUCGGUAUACCAGGGAGCAGCAGUGGUUUCAGGUUCUGUUGUGAAUAAUGCAUGGGGAACAAGGCCUAAAGAGGAUGGAAUUUCCUCAAAGGUUAGCAAUCCAUGGAAGAAGGUCGUUGCCCCUGUAUCAGAUUCUUGGGGAGGGGAUUGGUCUUCUUCUAGAGUUAAUGCCAUAGCACCUGUUUCGAGGCGAAUUGAGGCUGCACCAAUCCAAGCAGCAACUAAUCCCUGGAAUAUUCUUGAUUCUGAUGCUAUGAAUUCAUUAUCUGUGGACUCAGCGGAUCAUGUCGAAGAUUCCAGUGGCUCCAUUGUGAAGACCAGUGGGGAUGUGAUGAUCUCUAUGAGUCAAGGUGUUGCUGCUGGUGAGAAAGAGAGAAAAGAGGCGGAUGACUGGGAAGACGCUUGUACAUGAAAGCUUGAUUUAGCUUGUCCAAGUUGCUUCCCUAAAUUUUUUUUUUCUCUUUCUUUCUUUAAUUUUUAUUACAAUUUGUCUAAAUCAGUUACGUCGGUGUGAAAUUUACACUGACCUAAACUUCAUAGUUUUGCUCAUCUUAUAUUAGUUGUUUUGGGCAAAUUGAUAGUGUUUUCAUACUGUGUGCUCAAUUCCAACUUCUUUACAACAACCUAA